CCACCGGAUUAAUUCCCCUCUCUCGCGGCCGCUUGCAAACGGAAAUAAUGACGUAGUGAAUGGAGAGACAUAGUAAAACUCAGGCAGGGGUUUUGAGUGAAGUGAACACUAGAUAUUUAUAUCAAAAUCACCGACGAAUGGGAGUUUAAUUGAGCUGUGAGUGCGCAAGGUGAUUGAUUUUUUGGGGAUUUCAAUCCACUGGACAUCCGGAGACAUUCGUUGGGUAUUUUAUGACCAGAUAAUUGACUCCUGAAAAAUGUCAGACUUCGGCCCAAUAACCCUGAAAUGGGACCCAAAGAACCUGGAGAUCCGUACGAUGUCAGUAGAGAAAACCCUGGAGCCCCUAGUCCUUCAAGUAACGACCCUGGUCAACACUAAAGGCCCAAGCAAGAAGAAGAAAGGCAAAUCCAAACGAGCGAGUGCCCUAGUGGGCACCGUGGAGAAGGCCACUACAAAUUUCAUAGAGAAGGGUGAGCAAAUUGCCUACGAGAAUCCAGACAUAACAGCUGAGAUGCUGUGUGCAGUUGAAGAAGUCAAGAAGACGGGUGCAGCUAUGAGCAUCGCAGCACGAGAGUUCUCAGAGGAUCCCUGCUCCUCCCUGAAACGUGGUAACAUGGUGAGAGCAGCGAGAAAUCUCUUGUCAGCAGUCACUCGUCUGCUGAUUCUCGCAGACAUGGUGGACGUUCACCUGCUGUUGAAGUCUCUCCACAUCGUCGAGGAUGACCUUAAGAAGCUGAAGAAUGCAUCCUCUCAAGGGGAACUCCUGGAGAACAUCAAACAGUUCGGAAGGAAUGCUUCAGAGCUGAUGAAUCAGGCCGCGAAGCGUCAGCAGGAGCUGAAGGAUCCUCAACUGCGUGAUGACCUAGCAGCUGCUCGUGCUGUUCUCAAGAAACACUCGACGAUGCUGCUGACAGCUUCCAAAGUCUACGUUCGUCAUCCAGAGUUGGCAGCGGCCAAAGCCAAUCGUGAUUACGUUCUCAAGCAGGUUUGCGAGGCUGUCAACACAAUCAAUGAUGUUGCCCAGGGCAAAGUGCCAGCUGAUGGACAACAUCCUUACGAUGGACCUGGGGAACUUGCUGCUGCUCUCGAUGACUUCGAUGAGCGCAUGGUCAUGUCACCACUGGCUUACAACGAGGUUCGCACUAGACCCAGUCUUGAGGAGCGUCUUGAGAGCAUCAUCAGUGGAGCUGCACUCAUGGCUGAUUCGUCCUGCACACGAGAUGAACGACGUGAGCGCAUCGUUGCUGAGUGCAAUGCUGUCAGGCAGGCCCUCCAGGAUCUUCUCAGCGAAUAUAUGAAUAACUUACAGCUAGCCCGUGCUAGGAAACGGAUGGGCGUGAAGGAGCAGUCGGAGGGUCUCGAGCGUGCCAUCGACCACAUGUGCAAGAAGACUAGCGACCUUCGGCGUCAGCUGCGCAAGGCCGUGGUGGACCACGUCUCCGACAGUUUCCUGGAGACCUCAGUCCCCCUCCUGAUCCUCAUAAAGGCCGCCGAGAAGGGCAACGACGAAGAGGUCGAAGAGUACGCCCUAGUCUUCACCGAGCACGCUAAUAAGCUCGUCGAGGUAGCAAAUCUGGUCUGCAGCAUGUCAGCUAACGAGGACGGCGUGAAGAUGGUGCGUUACGCUGCAGCGCAGAUCGAGAACCUGUGCCCCCAGGUGAUCAAUGCAGCUCGAGUUCUCGCUGUGCGUCCUCGCUCGCAACUUGCCAUGGAGAACAUGCAGGUGUUCCGUCAAGCCUGGGAGAAUCAGGUUCGCGUUCUGACGGAAGCAGUGGACGACAUCACGACUAUCGACGACUUUCUGGGUGUCUCUGAGAAUCACAUUCUCGAAGAUGUCAACAAAUGCGUAAUGGCCCUUCAGGAAGGGGACGCCGACACCCUCGACCGGACAGCUGGUGCUAUUCGUGGACGUUCCUCCAGAGUCUGCAAUGUUGUGCAAGCGGAAAUGGAUAACUACGAGCCCUGCAUUUACACCAAGCGAGUACUCGAGGCUGUUAAAGUCCUUCGUGAUCAAGUUAUGCCGAAGUUUGCGCAGAGGGUGAAAGUAGCUGUGGACGCACUCAGCAGUAAUCCAGCUAAAGACGUCAAUGAGAAUGACUUCAUCGAUGCUUCUAGACUGGUUUACGACGGUGUCAGAGAGAUUCGUCGUGCUGUUCUCAUGAAUCGAGCUGAUGAGGACCUCGACCCUGAGGAUGUUGAGCUUGAUGAGCAGUAUACUCUUGAAACGAGGAGCAAGUCCAGUGCACAGACUGGGGAGCAUGGAGUCGAUGAGUAUCCGGAGAUCAGUGGUAUCACGACAGCACGUGAGGCCAUGAGGAAGAUGACGGAGGAGGACAAGCAGAAGAUUCUACAGCAGGUGGAGAACUUCAGGAAUGAGAAACUCAAGUUCGAUAGGGAAGUCGCCAAGUGGGACGACGCUGGUAAUGAUAUCAUUGUGCUGGCGAAGCACAUGUGCAUGAUCAUGAUGGAGAUGACGGAUUUCACGAGAGGACGUGGACCUCUCAAGACUACUAUGGACGUCAUCACUGCGGCGAAGAAAAUUUCUGAGGCUGGUACCAAGCUGGAUAAGCUGACGAGACAGAUUGCUGAUCAGUGCCCGGAGAGCUCGACUAAGAAGGACUUGAUUGCUUAUCUUCAGAGGAUUGCGCUGUACUGCCAUCAGAUGAAUAUUACGAGCAAGGUGAAGGCUGAUGUCCAGAACAUCAGUGGGGAGUUGAUUGUUUCCGGGUUGGAUUCUGCUACCUCGUUGAUUCAAGCUGCUAAGAAUCUUAUGAAUGCUGUUGUACUUACUGUCAAGGCUUCUUAUGUCGCUUCUACGAAGUAUCCGAGGCAGUCUACUGUUACUUAUUCUCCAAUAGUCGUAUGGAAAAUGAAAGCCCCAGAGAAGAAGCCCCUGGUGCGACCAGAGCGACCUGAAGAAGUACGAGCAAAAGUUCGCAAGGGAUCCCAGAAAAAAGUUCAGAAUCCAAUCCACGCACUGUCCGAGUUCCAGAGUCCAACCGAGAGUGUCUAAAUUGGAAAAUCCAAUUAGAAACAUUAGAUAGUAAGACAAUUAAAGAAGAGAAGCCGCUGUUACUUCCCCCUUUUGUGAUUUUCAGAGGCAAAAGAAAGAUGAGGGGAUUUUUUGAUAUAUUUUUUUGAAUUUAAAAUCAAUUUACACACAUUUUUGAUUCUUUAAUCUUCCAACACUUGUUUAUCCAGCAGUCAUCAUUGAUUUGUUUUUCCCGCAUGCAGUAUUUGUGGAAGGAGGAAGAGCCUGCUUUAUUCAAAGUAUUUAAACAUUUAACGAACAAAGAAGAAGGAAACAAUGAUUAUAAAUGUAUAUAUAUAAGUGAGUAUAAUUUUUAUAUUUAUCGUUUUGAGAAUAUUUGUGGGUUCAAACAAUUGUUUUUCAAACUGAAAAGAAUGUUGCUGUUCAACUCAAAAUUCAAUCACAUUGAAGAAUUAUAAUAGACUUGGGCAAUCUUCACAAUCAUGAAAAAUGAAACGAAAUGAACAAUCGCACCAGGCCUAAUUGAUUUAUACAAUUUUCUAUCAGGUUUUAUAUAAACAUUCGCUUUGAGAUCAUCACAUAUCAUAUUUUUUUUAUCUUAAACCACCAACAUUACUCGUCAAUACAAUAUUUCGAUCUAUUUCUUAUGAUUUUCCUCAUUGUUUCUCUCAUGAACAUGUGGCAAUGUGAAUAGAUGAUAAUAUUUAAUUUCUAGAUUAAUUGAAUAAACUGAAUGUAAUCAAGCAUGAAGGCACAAUGUCUCCAUUAGUUCUCCUCUGCAUCAUUAUCUGCACAGUAUUUAAACGUUUUACUUUGCAUUUAACUUUAGAUAUCAUUUGUAUUAGCAGAAUUUUAACAUGAUGUAUCAUGAGACGAUAAUAUAAACACGUAUUUGUUAUUGAUAGAUUAUAAGCUGCCAAAUAAUAGAUGAUUUCUCUUUUUCUUUUUCGCUCGUCCGAAUCGAGGGAUUAGUUGAUUCGCUGGUAGUAUGAUUCACCUGUCCUUUAUACAUUUAUAUUGUACUAGCAUUCGCAUCAUUUUCUCGUUUUACGAAGUAAAUUUAGCUCAAACCAAUGAUGUUGAGCGGGUUAUCGAUUGGUUUCGUGAUGUAGCUGUAAAUUCCAUUGUAAACCCAAUGUAAUCGGAGUAGUUUGAAAAAUAAAAUUUUACACAUAA